UCGGUAUGCGACGGCAUCGUCUGACAGUGGAGACUCUACUCAGACGGCCAAGCAGCAAUUGGCCCGCCGGGCCUUGAGCCGCUUUACAUAAGCAGGCCCCGCAAGGGCGUAUUCCCCGUAUUGAGUGUGAUAGGAGAGGCGAAGCUCGCCAAGUGAAGCCCAGCACUUACGCGGGACGAAUAAAACCAGACUUAUCUGCCACUGCACACCAGAUUUCCUGAGCGUCAGCAACAGCCCACCAUGGCAACAUCAACAGCAAACGUCGGUCGCCCAAACAACAAUGCGCUACUGGCGCUGAUGGCAGGUUUGGCCGCGCUCGGGUUCUAUACGAUGCGCAUCACGACCGCGCUGAACGAUGUUCCUGUAGGCUUUCUAGAAACAGCAGCAUCAGGCGUUUUCCCAAAUGGUGUGCUUCUCAAGAAGAACUACACAGGCAUCUAUCUGGUGGACGAAGGUCUGUCUUUCCUGGUGGCUGCCUUCCUAGCCGGCCCGAUGCGAUGGAACGAGCCAUAUUAUUGGCAACAACUUUACUUCCUCAUCCAAAUCACGGCCCUUAUCACGAUCAACAAUGUGGAGGCGUAUCGGCAGCGAAAUCAGAAUAGUUGGCUGAAAUAUAUAUCCAUCUGGGCCUUCGUCUAUCAGAAUGUUGGAGCAGCUUGCGUCGUCACUAUCUGGUGGCUAGUCCUCCAUCGUGUCUCGAAGCCCAAAGCCUACUUUGAGAGCGGACGCACUGUCCCGUUGCCUUACGCGCGCAUGAUCCUACCAGGCGUUUUCUUGUUCUACGUUGUGCCUACGGUCGCAUUGUUCCUUCCCGACCAAAGCUCAGACAGGAUGCAAAAUCUCCUAGCAUUCUGGCAGUUCACACCCAUCCUUACCGGCAUUCCCAUGUGGCUCGUCUCCCUCUCCGGUACCUCGACAACCGUCACUGCGAACAACAGGAAUGCGGAUGUUCGGCAUCUAAAGAUUCUCUACGCUCUCCUUUUCGUUCUUUGUGUAGCAACUCAUUGGUAUGCCAUCCGUGGUAUUUCUCUAUCGACAGACCCAGAUGUCACGUACGCCCGCGUCUUCUUACCCAGUACCUAUACCUGGAAGAGGAAUGCUGAUUGGGGUUUGCUGUUCAUCUUCCAAUGGGAUUGGCUCAUCAUCGGACUAAUGUACAUUAUUCCGUCGUGGGUCGCUGUGUGCGACGUACAGCGGAUGAGGAACGGAGAGGCUACGCUGGAAAAUCUCUUUGAGAGCUUUCUUGUUAUUGCGGCGCUGACGGGUGGUGGUGGCCCGGGCGCGACCCUUGCCGCUGUCUGGUUCUGGCGAGAGGCUGCACUGGCGGACAUUGAGAUUGCAUCGGGGGCGAAGAAGGUGCAGUAAUUGCGGAAAUCGAAAGAAAGUUGUUAGGAAGAUCAGGACGCAUUAUCGGUUGUAGAUCACGAGUGAAGAAGAGCAGAGUAACUAUCAAGCCUAUAGCUAUAAAUAAUUCGAACCAGUAUCCCAAUCCCCCGUAU